UCAUUGCCAACGUUGAUUCGCUACAAAUAUAAAAUUUGGUUGAUGAACUCAAAACACAAAAGGUAAUGGAUGAAGAUAAAUUUAACAUUAUAUCAUUCUAGGAAACUCUCAAAUCAAAUCAUAGGGUUUAAAAGUAAAACCAUUGUGAUAUGUUAUGGACAAUAUCUAUAAAGCGAAUAACUAUAAGUCUUGACUCAAAUCAAAAGAUAGUGUGCAGAGUCGUCAUUGAAGAAAAAGAAGAAAAUUUCAAGGAUGAAGGGUAAAGUGUUGAUCAAUUUUGCACUAACAAUUUGCUUCUUCUUCUGUUGUAGCUCAGGCAGAGUGAUUGAAUCUCCACACUAUAAAGUGAUUCAUGUAGAAUCAGAUUUUGAAAUCAGACAGUACAAACAAAUUUCAUGGAUGUCUGCUCUUGUUCAAGGAACAUCCUCCUUUGAAAAGUCCACUCAACAAGGCUUCCAUAGGUUGUACCAAUACAUGCAUGGUGCUAACAGCAAUUCUUAUCGCUUUCUAUUUACUUCUCCUGUCACAACCACCAUUAUGACAUCAACACGUGAACCCGAGCAUUUGGUUAGGUAUUAUCUGCCCACUAUGAAUGCUGAAAACCCGCCGUUGCCGAAUUCUGAACUGAAUAUUCAUUUUGAGAAAUGGAAAAAUAAUUGCUUGGCAGUCAGGAGGUUUCCUGGAUUUGCUAAAGAUGAUAAUAUCAACCAAGAAAUUGAUGCUUUAAAGAGCACCUUGAGCAAGCACCUACCUGAGAGUGCAGCUAUUUCAGAGUACACCAUUGCACAGUAUAACUCUUCACGUCGCUUGUUGGGGCGUUUGAACGAAGUCUGGCUCGACGUUUCGAGUUUUACUACCGAAGGAUGUCAACCCCUGUAAGAAGUUGCUUGAGUUGGCUUGCAGUCUGUGUGCAUUGUAUUAUAUAGCUCAAUAAAAUGUAAUGCCUUUCUAGGGUUACCAAACUAAAUAAUGCCUUUUGAUUUGGAAAAUUUAAAUAAGAAGCCAUAUUGUAAGCACUGUUUUCGAAGUUUUUGCCAAAAUCUUUAGUCUUUUUUUAAAUCUUCACGUCAUAAAUGUGAGUUCUCAAGAUAGAAUGUUGAAGUUAAAUUCUCAGCAUUUUAUGAUGGUUUAUAACUUACAUUUUAGCAAUGUCGAGUGAGAAAUCAUUGUAAGAAGCCUCCAUAUUCUCAUCUUUGAUUCUACUUGAAUAAGAGUAAUGAUAAAAUCAUUAUUAUGCAGAUGGUGACAAAGCAAAAGACGAAGAUUGCAACGUUUCGAAAAUAUAGAAAAAAUUGUUGCUUGUUUGGUGCU